AUGACAAAUAUAAUGAGCAAAAAGGUUGAUGAUCUGAACAUGUGCAAGUUUGAUCUUUUAUCUGACAUAUUGGGAGGUCCGUACUCUUUAAUAAUGGUUAAUCAACUAUCAAUUAAGAGAUUCAUACAUUUUUUCUAUGGUUUAAGUAAAGCUUCUGAAGGUAAAAAAGUUCACAGGAUUUAUAAAUUUGCUUUGGAAGGUUAUAAAGGUAUUUGGGAAGUUGAAUUGAUGAAAAUUGAAAUUGAAAGGCUCUCUAUAUUAGUUAAUGUGGUUUUGGGUCAUUUUAAAGGCUCUGACGAGUUUUGUGACGAUAUUUUUCCAGUCUUAGAAGAGUUAAGGUUCAAUAUUAGUAAAGGGAAAGUACAACAGAGUAGUCGUCAAAUACUAAGAGAUACGCUUUUCUCACUUCAAGAGUUCAUCGAUGGUUCAAAAACCUAUAAAAAGAAAAAAAUCAACUCAAUAAUACAAGAUGACUUGAAUAUUCUGAAGGAUUCUUUGAGCUUAGAAGUUAAGGUAUUAAAUCGUGAAGACUUUAUGAACCUCCAUAAGUUUCCAAAAUUGAAAGAGAAUAUUACAAAACAGAAUUCAAUAUACAAUGAUCACAUUAUUCAAAAACAAAAAUCAAAUGAAGUUGAUGAUUUAUUAACAAGUGCUGAAAAAGAAAGUCAAGAUGAAUUAGACAAAAGACACGAAGAUGUUGAAUUGACCAAAAAUUUGGAAAACAUUAAUAAUAGACAGUUUGGAAAUGGGUAUGAAAAUAAAGAUAAGUUUAAGGCCCCUUCUAAGCAACAAAAUACCAAGAGUCAUCAGGUAUCACCUGUCAUUAAUAAACAGAACCCAUACCAAUAUUCUCUCAGAGAUGAUAAGUUGCGAGAUGUGUAUGGGAAUGGUGCAAGAUUUUCAAAUUUUUGA